AUGGUCCUGGAGCUUUACUUGGACCUGGGCUCCCAGCCCUGCCGAUCUGUCUACAUUUUUGCCAAGAAAAACAGCAUUCCUUUUGAGUUCAAGCAUGUGCCAUUAAUCAAAGGGCAACACAAGACUGAAGAGUUUGGCAAAGUGAACAUCUUCAAGAAAGUGCCAGCUCUGAAAGAUGAUGACUUCACUUUAGCAGAGAGCAUUGCUAUCCUUUUGUACCUAGCAAGGAAAUUCAAAACUCCAGAUCACUGGUACCCCUCUGAUCUGCAGAAACGAGCCCGCGUGGAUGAGUAUCUAUCUUGGCAACACAUGGCCACUCGUUUGUGUGGAACCAAAGUGUUCCUGAUCAAGGCUUUAGCACCUCUCUAUUUGGAUGAGCCGCUUCCCGCAGCAAAGUUAGAUGCUGCCCUUGAAGAUCUGAAUGGAGUCGUGAAGCUGUUUGAAGAUAAAUUCCUCCAGGACAGGGCAUUCAUCGCAGGCAGUGAGAUCUCCUUGGCAGACCUGGUGGCCAUUGUGGAACUCAUGCAGCCUGUCGGAGUUGGCUAUGAUAUCUUUGAAGGCAGGCCCAAGGUGGCAGCGUGGCGCCACCGAGUAGAAGAAGCCAUUGGCAAGGACCUCUUUCUGGAAGCCCACGGGCAGCUCUUAAAGCCCAGGGAUCUGUCUGCAGAGAAUCUCCCUCCCGAAGUAAAGGAGCAGCUGAAGCAAACUCUGCUGAAGUUUCUGAAAUGA